AUGCAUCGGUUCCUUUCGUUAGAGCGAAGAUUCAAGAAAAAUCCGGAGCUAAAGCAACAGUAUUGUCGAUUCAUCGAUGAGUAUGAAGCAUUGGGGCAUUGUCAAGAGGUGAACGAAGCCGAUGAUAUUCCCAAUCAACGAGUGUAUUAUCUCCCGCAUCAAGCCAUCCUACGUCCAUCGAGUUCGACAACUAAAAUUCGAGUUGUUUUCGACGCCUCUGCCAAGGCAUCCCGGUACGAGAAGUCAUUGAACGACGUUCUUCUAGUUGGAGCAACACUGCAAAGCGACAUCUUCAGUAUCCUGUUACGUUUUCGGAAAUAUAGGAUAGUAUUCACUGCUGACGUUUCAAAAAUGUUUCGACAGAUACGCAUGGCACUACUUCACGCGUGUUUCCAACGAAUUUUCUGGCGGUCAAGCCCGGAAGAACCCCUCCGUGUCCUGGAACUCACAACCGUUACUUACGGGACAGCUGCAGCCCCAUUCUUGGCGACCAGAUGUUUGAUACAGCUCUGUGACGAUGAAGGCGACUCAUUUCCACUCGCUGCACGAAUCAUCCGCCUAGAUUGUUACGUCGAUGAUGUCAUCUCAGGUGCGAACACCGUAGAGGAAGCCAUCGCAAGUCAAACCCAAAUUCAACAGCUACUUGAACGAGGUGGAUUCCCGGUCCACAAAUGGAGUUCUAACACAACAGAAGUUCUGGAAAACGUUCCAGAAGCCGACCGUGAGAAAUUAGUACGUCUGGACAACACCUCAAUCGACGUUAUGAAGACAUUGGGAUUGAUCUGGAGCCCACAACGAGAUGAAUUUGUGUUCAGCACCAAUCAAACCGAUCGAGAAGCAAGCCAUCCUACGAAGCGAACGGUGUUAUCUGAAAUUGGCAGACUGUUCGAUCCACUGGGUCUUGUGACGCCGGUAACCAUUAUCGCCAAAAUGAUCAUGCAGAAGAUUUGGAGAUCCGGUCUCCCGUGGGAUACCCCGUUGGAAGGAGAACUUCUACAAUCCUGGAAACAAUUCCGUGAAGCCCUACUCCUGGUAAGCGAAAUCAAGAUUCCUCGAUGCACCAUUUCUUCUGAUGCCACCACCAUCGAAAUCCAUGGCUUCUCCGACGCCUCGGCGGCUGCUUACGGAGCGGUCAUUUAUAUUCGCUGUAUCCUACCGAAUGGUAUGGCUCGACUCAACAUGCUGUGCAGCAAGUCCAAGGUCACCCCGAUAGCUGAAUUGAGCAUUCCACGCAAAGAAUUACUCGGUGCCCGGCUACUUGCCCGGCUGCUCGUAAAAGUGCUGGACUCCCUUCAACUAGAUGUAUCGCAAGUUGUUCUGUGGUGCGACAGUCAGGUGGUACUUGCCUGGUUGCGGAAGCCGUUAUCAUCCCUUGAAGUGUUUGUGCGCAACCGCGUAGCAGAGAUUUUGAAGAGCACCGAAGGCUACACGUGGAAGUACAUCAAAUCGAAACAAAACCCAGCAGAUUUAGUAUCCAGAGGUCAAUUUCCACACGCCCUGAGCACCAAUGAACUUUGGUGGAAUGGGCCGACAUUUCUAAGCACCGCCCAGUACCAGUCGGAACUUCCCGAUGACAUCGCAGAUGAAGAUCUUCCGGAGUUGAAAAAGGUAAAUGUAACCGCCAUUCCAGUCGUUAACGAGGAGAAGAUGGAAGUAUUUUCUAGGUUCAGCUCGUUCAGAAAGCUUCAACGGGUAAUCGCGUUGGUCCAGCGAUUUAUCCGUAACUGUCGACUGAAAUCUCGCAACGAACGAGUCCUCCAACGUCAUCCUACAAUCCAAGAACUACGCUCGGCUUUACAGCUGAUUGUAAGGGUCAUUCAGCUUGAAUCUCUGGGUGACGAAAUUCAUCGUGUGACAUCCAACGAACCGUGUAAGAAAAUUGCUGCUCUGAAUCCGAUUUACAACGAUGGAGUGCUGCGCGUUGGAGGAAGGCUUCAACAUUCCCUGCUACCUUUUGAAACCAAGCAUCCACUAUUACUUCCUAAACAUCCGAUCACCGAUCAAAUCAUCCGUACAUACCACGAAGAGAACCUGCAUGUUGGUCCAACUGCCCUAUUGGCCGCUCUCCGAUCACGUUUUUGGUUGCUGGAUGGAAGGUCGUCCGUCAGGAAGAUUACCAGGAGCUGCAUCACAUGUUUCCGGUCGAAGCCUAAAGGUUCUAUUCAACUGAUGGGAAAUCUGCCGCCCUGCCGAGUAACACCCGCUGAACCGUUUUUGAAAACUGGCAUUGACUAUGCCGGACCAGUAUUUGUCAAGGAAGGUCGUCACAAACCGAAAAUUGUCAAGGCCUACAUCGCGGUGUUUAUCUGCAUGUCAACGAAAGCUGUCCAUUUGGAAUUAGUUUCCGACAUCUCUACCGCCGCGUUCCUAGCUGCACUUCAGCGCUUCGUCAGCCGACGGGGCAUUUGCCGAGAGGUCUUUUCAGAUAAUGGCUCCAACUUUAAGGGAGCCAAAUCCGAAUUACAUGAUCUAUAUCUCCUCUUUCGCAGCCGCAAUGCCGUUGACGAGAUAGCAUCCUUCUGCCAGCCAAAAGAGAUCUCCUGGAAAUUUAUCCCACCGGAAGCUCCUAAUUUUGGCGGCCUCUGGGAGAGCGCAGUGAAGACCGCUAAGUAUCACCUGAAGAGGACUCUAAAAAACGCCAAAUUGACUUUUGAAGAGUAUGCUACAGUCCUUAGCCAAGUGGAGGCUAUAAUGAAUUCCCGGCCUCUCUGUUCAACACCAGAUCCAGACGACGAAAUUUUGACACCUGGCCAUUUUUUGAUUGGCCGUCCUCUGAUAGCCACGCCGGAGCCUAGCUACAAUGAGAUACCAACCAAUCGCCUGUCAAGAUGGCAGUAUCUACAGUACCUCCGUGAGCAGUUCUGGAGACAAUGGAGCCGGGACUACUUGUUGAACCUGCAACUGAGGGGGAAAAACCGCCAAAGACAACCAAACAUUCGCCCUGGUAUGCUCGUGCUGCUUGAGCAGAAGGAUAUCCCACCGCAAUGUUGGAAGAUGGGAAAGGUCGUCCAGAUUUACCCAGGUUCCGACAAUUUGGUGCGAGCGGUAGACAUCAACGUCGAAGGUUCCAUCUAUAGACGAGCGGUAUCCAAAUUAUCCGUCCUUCCGAUUGCUGACAAUGACGACCAAAACAUCGAUUCAGUGAAUUCUUCCCAGCCUGGGGGGAAUAUGUUCGCGACCGAACCGUUCGCUCCGGAAAGACUGCCAAAUGAAACCAAACGACGCACACCAACAGAAGCAGCGGCAGCAGUAGAAGCGACGCACACCAACAAAGGCAACCUAAAAGAAGAAACCGUAGAAUAG